GUGGCGAGUAAAUCAAAAAGAACGCGUGGCUGUUUUACCGGUUCAGCCGGUCUUCAGUAGAAGACGCUGGCGAGCGGCGGUUUCUAAUUUCCAAAACAGCGGCUCUGAUGAAGGCUUGGUUCCCAUUUUCAAGAAAAGACGCUCAAACAGAAUUCCCAAAAUUUCCCAAACUCAAUCUCAUUCUCAAUUCACUUCGCUCUUCUUUGAUUCUAUUUUGCCGUUGUGAUUCUGUUGUUUAACUUGUUCGACACUGAAUCAUCAUCAAGGUCCCUACUGUGUCUUUGUUUGUAUGUACAGAAACCUUUAUCUUUUUGUUUCUUCUUAUCGAUUUCAUUGAUUGAUCUUUCCUUUUCCGCAAGCCAUUCCUUGGACACUCAGCAAUAUCUAUCCAUUUGGGGUAUUCGGAAGGUCAAUCAGAUGUAGGAGUGCCCGAAGCUUAUCUUGUGUUAUUACAGGGUUAUGGCAACGUAUGAUAUUGAUCCUGAUGUUAUGAGAUGGGGACUUCAUCUUUUGGAUGUUUGCACCUUUACAAAUGACAGUUCUCGUAGUACUGUUACUGAAUAUAGAUUUGACCCAAGUUAUAGUCAAGUGGAAUAUGUCAGUGAAGGUUACUGUGAGCCGUAUAAUGUGAAUUUGGAGAACGAUGAGGCUUUAGCACAUGCUUUUCAAGAAGAGAUAUCGAGAAUUGAUUCUAUAGAAGCUUCUGGGGUAUCUGAUUCUAGGGAUGACCAACUGCAAGCAUCUGUUCUUGCACAGGAUUGGCUUGGUCCUUCAUCUAGGCACUACCCUUAUGGGCUUGACGGUGAUCAGAAAACAAAUUGUGUUAACGAUAUAAAAGUCGAGGAGCCAGGUGACCUGAGAGGUCACGAGGUGGACAAAAUGGGAAAUUCCUCUUCAUAUCAUAACUCAGUAGAUAAUCCUUUUGCAGAUGAAUACUCUUCAUAUUCGUUGGAAAUAAUGGAUGAGUCUUCACUCGAUGGUGAAGUGGGCAAAAGACUGAAUCAAAUUGUUCCUGUCCCUCAUGUUCCUAAGACCAUUGAGAAGAUACCUUCAGCUGAUGAAGAGAUGUCAGAUCAUCAACGGCUCCUUGAAAGAUUGCAGUUGUAUGAGCUGGUCGAGAAUACGGUUCAAGGAGACGGCAACUGUCAGUUUCGUGCUUUAUCAGAUCAACUUUACCGAUCUCCUGAGCAUCAUGAUUUUGUGAGAGAACAAGUUUUAGCACAGCUAAAGUUUUGUCGAGAAAUAUAUGAGGGUUAUGUUCCAAUGACUUAUGACGAGUACCUGAAAAAGAUGAGCAAGAAAGGAGAAUGGGGUGAUCAUGUUACACUACAAGCUGCUGCAGACUGGUUUGGAGUAAAGAUAUUCGUGAUAACAUCAUUCAAGGAUACAUGUUCAAUUGAAAUACUUCCACAAGUUCAAAAGUCCAAUCGGAUUAUUUUCUUAAGCUUUUGGGCUGAAGUGCACUAUAAUUCCAUUUAUCCCGAAGGAGAAAUCCCAACAUGCAGUACAAAGAAGAAGAAGAAAUGGUGGAACUUUGGGGUUUAGACAAAGUUAGUGGGAAGCUUCAUUUUCUCUACCAACCUUUUACUGAUUGCGUAGGUUCAGAAUUUCUGAAAGCUGAUUGCUGAUGCCUCACUUUUUGAUUUCUUCUGUAAAUAUUUGCAUAUUAAUUAUUGGUUAUUAUUAUUAUUAUUAUUAUUAUUAUUAUUACUUCUACCACUAUUAUAGAGCAUAUUCUUUGAUUGUAGUUGCC